AUGCGGACAGCGCCAGCGGAAGCGGCGGGACCGGCAGCGCUGGCAGCGGAGCAGCAGCACCGGGGAAGCGGCGGCGGCGCCCAGGUGGGGCUGUGCCUGCUGUGCGGGCUGCCCGCGGCCGGCAAGUCCACCCUGGGCCGCGCCCUGAGCCGCCGCCUGCCGCAACGGCCGGGCUGGGCCUGCGCGCUGCUCGCCUACGACGAGCUCAUCCCGCCCGAGGCCUUCCGCACCAGCCCGUCCCCAUCGCUGCCCGGCUGGAAGCAGAGCCGCCGCGACCUGCUGCAGUGCCUGGAGGGGCUCCUGCGGGCGCUGCUCACCGGGGCGCCGCUGCCCGGCCCCGUGCAGCCGGGCUGGCCGCGCUUCCUGCGCUGCUGCCGCCGGGAGGGGCUGCUGCCCGCCCCCAGAGCCGCCUCCCGGCCGCUCGUCCUCCUGCUGGAUGACAACUUCUAUUACCAGAGCAUGCGCUACGAGGUGUACCAGCUGGCCCGCAAAUAUUCCUUGGGCUUCUGCCAGUUGUUUUUGGAGUGCCCAGUUGAAUGCUGCCUGCAGAGGAACCGCCGCAGGAGUGAUCCUGUGCCUGAGCAGACCAUACAAUUAAUGGCAAGGAAAAUAGAGGUGCCAGAUCCCAGGAAAAACACCUGGGAGCAGCACAGCCUCAUUCUGAGCAGUUCUGAUGGCAUCUCAGAGGAUGAUGAGCAGAUCAUGAACUUGCUGGCCACUGCUUUGGAAAAUCCAGAGAGGCCAAAUGAGGAGGACACAGAGCAGAAGGAGGCAGCUCGAGCCAUCUGUGCAGCCAGUGCUGUCCAUCAGGCUGACCAGGCAUGCAGGAGAGCCAUCUCUGAGGCCAUGCAGGAUGCCAAAGGUAAAAACGUUCUCCCAAGUGAGAUGAAGAAGCUGGCAGAAGAACUCAACAAACUGAAAGCAGAAUUUUUGGAAGACUUGAGGCAAGGAAAGACUUUGAAAACCCAAUAUUCUGACCCUGCUACAAGUGUUAUUUCUUCAUUCCAACAGGAGGCAACCAAGCUCAUGAAGUGCAUGGGGGGAUGCACCCUCUGAGAGAAGGACACUCGUGCUGGAGCACGUGCAGGCUGAAAAGCUGUAAUCCAACAAGAAGAGAGAGAUGAGAAACUUUGCCCCAGGGAUAGAAGAAGAAAAAUCUCUGCUCCCAGAGAUAAAAGAAGAGAAUUUUUGGUUUUAUGCUAGAACAGCUCAUCCAUAAAAUAGUGCCCCAUAAGUUAACAUGGCCCAUGAAAGCAGCUUUGGGAAAACUGUAACUCAUGGGAGGGACUUUCACACUGCAAACAGAUUUUCCUUUCCUGGCUGCUGAUUUGCUGUGAUGCUGAAGCCACAAGAGAACUGCUUCUUGUGGAGAAGUCUCCAUGGCAUGGCAAGAGAGACUCCACUUCCCUAGGUGGACUGAAAAAAGAUUAUUUUAGAGGUGGCAAACUGACUGAAAGUUCCAGGUUUUGUCUCUUUAUGUUGUCUGUGGGAAAGAAAAGAGGGUGUGGGGGGAGAAGCAUUUUGAAGGUUUGUUCUGAUUUUAUAAUUUUUUACUUUAAUUCUGCUAAUAAAGUUUUCUUUAUACCA